CUUAAUGUCUUGCUUAGAUUGUACUGGACCCACUACCGGUUCUCAAUGACGAUUUUGUCUCGAAGCUUUGCUCGGAAUGCUUUAGUGAAAUAAUCAAAUAUGAUUCGCUUCCUUUACGGGGAAUGAUGUUUUCGAAUGUCUGCUCAAAUAUGCCCGACAAAAGUGCUCAGCUGACAACGUGGAAGGCACGCCAGAAAAUGUACGCCAUGCUGUCGGUAAUGCAAUAAGCUUUGUACGAUUCCCAAUAAUGUCUUCCGAAUAUUUCACCGAAAAAGUUGAACCAACUUGUAUUCUUACCACACAGCAAGCGCUCACACUGUAUCGGUACUUCGCGCGAAAUAGAACUGGUGAUACAGCUGGUUUCGAAACUAAGGAACGAACGCCGAUGCUAAAUGUUGGACGCUUUAAAACAUUGGGUCUGGCUGGCGGUUUCAAACGAAAUAAAAUGGACGCCAUCGUUUUCCAGUGUUCUAGAGACAUAUUGUUGAAAGGUAUCCAGGUGUACGGUACGGAUCAGGGUCCCGGUCAGCUAGCUAUUAACGUCCGACUCAUUCAGGAGGCGCACAGAGCAAAUCUGGCCACCAAGAAUAUCAUCUUAGAAACGGAUGGCAAACGAAAGGUUUACACCAUUGUUUUCGAUGAGACGCGUUGCAUUACAAAGGAAAUCAAAUACAGCAUCGAAAUCAUCGUCAAUGGGCCAACCACGUUCUAUGGUGUGGAUGAAGAGGCCAGCGUGGAAUGUGAUGCAGUCCAAAUCACAUUUUCCAAAAGUGAUAAAGGUACGAACCCAACGGACGUGGAACGUGGUCAGGUUCCAGGCAUGGUAUUUGAAGUAACAUCGGACUACUGGUCGGUCAAGUUCAUCUUCUGAGAUUUGUCUCUCAUAUGACCAACAUACGUUGUGUUGUGAAAAAAUAAUGACAAUACAAAUGUAAUGACAGCAGCAUGUCCGUUGAAUAGUCAUAUUUACUUGCAGUUGUUAGACAUAUGAAUUAGCACACGGCCCAUCAGAUUUUGUACGCGUUACAAUCAACUUUUGUAUUUUGUUUUUAGUAAAUAAGCACUAUCACGCCAGCAGCCGGAUAGAAGAGAUAAUAUUUUUUUUUUGUUGCAGGCGGGUCCCGUUGGAGGUCUUCGCUUUUAUCUUUAAUUUUACAAUUACAAUGUAUUUGAAAACGUUGUGUUGAGUUUAAGAAGAAGAAAUAAAACGCACACAAAUCUUAAA